UACUACCAUUCACUUGAAAGCGGUGAAAGUAAUGCACAGAGGUGACAACAGCAGGACCGUAGAUUAUAGAAUACGAUCAUUUAAUAGGGAUAGUGAUUUAUUUUGUAAAGCUUUAUUAUUAUUACAUUUUGUUGAUAAGGCAUCAUCAUGUAUCCGGACUCGAGCCCAGUCUACGAUGACUCCUCGAGCUCGUCUAUCAGCAGCAGCAGCAGCAGCAGCAGUACGAGCAGCACCUGCGCAGCAUCGCCUACCGGAGAUAUCCCCCGGUGUAGCCAGCGAUCUCUAGAUUCACACACGAACGUAUCGUCAAUGGACAGCAACAUGUCGCAGGAUGUCUGCGGAGAAACAGACUCUCCAUGGCAGUCUCCCUUUGUUCCAACGGUGACUGCAAUCUCAACCUCCCUGGAUCUGCACUGGAUGUUCCAACAGACCACCGUCAUCACAUCAGCAUCAGUCUCCUCCUCCUCCUCUUCCUCCUCCUCCUCCUCCUCUUCCUCCUCUUCCUCCUCCAGUGGACGUGCAAAGCUUAGCAGAGCGCAUGGCGCAACCCAGUUGUCUUCCAGAGUGGAAGGCAGCAAGAAAGGGAAAAAACAGGCAAGCCUUGUUAAAUAUCAAGGAGAACCUUCGUCAGAAGAGGACGAGAGGAGAAAUAUCAGGAGAGAGAGGAAUAAAGUGGCUGCAGCCAAGUGUCGCAACAGACGGAGGGAGCUCACCGACACCCUGCAAGCCGAAACUGAUCAGCUUGAGGGGGACAAAGAGGCCUUGCAGACAGAGAUCACACAUCUCCUGAAAGAGAAAGAGAGGCUGGAACAGAUCCUAUCCACCCACCAACCAGCCUGCAAACUAGCCGUCGCUGAGGACGAUGUGGAAAAUGAGAUCGACGAUGACAUUGAAGGUAUUCUACAAGACGCCCCAGAUUCUGCCCAGCUGCUCUCCAUCUUGGAGAAUGCAGACAAACUCCAACUCCCAGAAGGCAAUGCAACAGUAGCGACUGUGUCCAAGGGCCCCUUGUUCCAAGAAAUGGACACCGUCCCCGUCCCAAGCAUCUCCAUCUCUGCCUCGGCCAUCUUGGGUAACUCCAACCUCCUACUGUGCUCCAGUGCUGAGGAAGAACCCAUGGAGGAUCUAGACUUCGACCAGGGUGACCUACAGGACCUGGUCCCCAGCCUGGAACUCAACAUGGCUGUGGCCCCUGAGACCGCCCCGUCCGUUCCCGACAUCGACCUCCUCGGGGGCCCCUUCUGCCUCUCAGACUGGGAGACCCUGUACAAGUCUGUGGCCAAUGAUCUGGAGCCCCUCUGCUCCGCCACGAUGAUGUCUUCCAGUGACAGUCCUACAUGUAGCAGUUAUUACCGCUCUGUGUUUUCUUUCAAUUACUCCGAGAUAGAUCAUGUGGCUGAGGAGAAGGUCUGUUGUGAGAGCUCCGAGGGUCUCAAAGGAGUUGUUGGCGGUAGAUCUGAUUUGAUUAACGGUAAUCUCAAUUCUCCCACUCUGUUGGCCUUGUGAAUCUGUUAUGAACUGGUUGAAGAAAUAGGGCCAGUUCCCCACACACAGAUUAAACCAUAGUCUUAUUAAAAAGUAAUAAUAGCAUGUUCAAUAAUGAUUCUCCAUUGAAAGUGCUUCCCUAGUCCAGGACUAGGACUAGAUCUGUGUCCGGUAAACUGGUCCAUGAGGUUGAUAUUGAAUCAAUAAGCUAUGGUCUAUUUAUCUAUCUAUCUAUCCCCUGAUGUUUUGUUAACCUUUAACACCAAAUUAAAUGGUUACUGUGACUGUAACAGUGUUAACUUCUUCCAGAUAUAUUGGUGCACCUGUGAGGGCUGUUCACUCUCUUGAGUAGUGAUGGUGGAAAAAGUACCCAAUUGUCAUACUUAAGUAAAAGUAAAGAUACCUUCAUAGAACAUGAGUCAAGUAAAA